CGAUGCCUUCUCGACACCGGUUCCAUGGUGACAACAGUGACUGAAAGCUUUUUCCGGCAGCAUGUGCAGUCUCAGACUAAUGAAACGAUGCAGCCGUGUGAUUGGCUACAGCUUAAAGCAGCCAAUGGACUGGCCAUUCCCUACUUAGGAUAUAUUGAGCUGGAUUUAGAGGUACUGGGCAAAGUGCUCCCAAAGAUCGGAGUGUUAGUUGUUACAGAUGCACUGGACCCCACCACCCGACAACAGAAGACUACGGUGCCAGGUUUGUUGGGGAUGAAUGCCAUUAGCCGUUGCUAUCAAGAGCUUUUUGAGGAACAUGGGCAGGAUUUGUUCCACUGUCCACUAAUACAGACAGCAGAGAGCGGGUGGAAACGAGCUCUAUCUGAAUGCCAAAUUUUAGAACGCCUCUCUAGCUCUGGCUGCAUUGGAAAGGCAGUAGUGCAGCCGGGGCCAGCCCUUCGCAUACCAGCUGGGUGCCUUAAGUUUGUGCAUGCAACUUGCUCUCUCGUCCCAGGCCCUGUUACAUCAUGCUUCCUAGAGCCACUGCCCUAUGGAGAGGGCCGAUUGCCAUCAAACCUCCUUAUCUCAUCAGCCCUAUUGCCAAUCACCCAGGGCAAAGUGAAUGUACCAGUGGUCAAUGUGGGGACAGAAGAUCAGUGGCUCCAGCCCCGCAUUACACUUGGAACCCUUCAUAUUGUAGACCCAACCCCCUGUAAUGACCAGGUAGUCAGUGCGCAAUCCGCAGCAGCUAGUACCUCCGCCUCUGUAGAUUUCUUGGGGUUACAAUGGCCAAACCUCUCUUCCUCACAACAACAGGAAGCUAGGGAGCUCCUAGAGAAGUACAGAGGAGUCUUUAGUGAACAUGAUGGGGAUUUGGGUUGUACAGUGUUAAUCCAACAUGAGAUACCCUUAGUGGAUACAGCCCCAGUACGCCAGCGUUACCGUCGUCUACCUCCAUCACAGUUUGCACAAGUCAAAGCUCAUGUUCAAGAGUUAGUAGAACAAGGGGUGGCUCGGCCUAGUAGUAGUCCAUAUGCUUCGCCAAUCGUGGUGGUUCAGAAGAAGGAUGGUGCGAUCCGACUUUGUGUGGACUACAGGCAGCUUAACGCCAGAACCAGGAAGGAUGCGUAUCCUCUUCCAAGAAUAGAGGAAUCCUUGGAUGCACUGACAGGAGCUACCCUGUUCUCCACGCUCGAUUUAGCCUCUGGAUACAAUCAAGUGCCUAUGGCAGAACGGGACAAGGAAAAAACGGCCUUCUGUACGCCGUUUGGCUUAUUUGAGUUCAACCGCAUGCCCUUUGGGCUAUGUAAUGCACCGAGUACAUUCCAACGCCUGAUGGAAAGAAUUUUUGGCGAUCAAAGUUUUCAAUCUUUGCUAUUGUACCUUGAUGAUAUAGUCAUCUUUUCAUCUUCUUUCCACCAGCAUGUACAACGGCUACAAUUAGUCUUGAGCAGGCUUAAAGAACACAACUUAAAACUCAAAUUGAGCAAAUGUAAUUUUUUCAAGGAGGAAGUGCAAUAUCUUGGCCAUGUAAUAUCAGCUAGUGGAGUGGCAACUGAUCCUGGUAAGAUUCAGACUGUCCUGCAGUGGAAGCAACCGACCACCCUGACCCAUCUACGAUCAUUUCUGGGCUUUGCCUCUUAUUACCGCAGGUUUGUGGCAGGCUUUGCCAAGCAUGCGGGGGUACUUGAGCUAGUUCGUCAGUGGCGCAGAAUCAGAGAGCAAGAAGGCAUUUUGUACCGGGAGAUACAACUACCCCCAGCACGGGACUUCACGCUACAGCUACUACUGCCCAAACUGCUGCACAGGGAAGUAUUGGUGAGCUUACACGACAAUCAUGGCCACCAGGGGGUGGAAAGAACCACUGAACUGAUCCGCCAGAGGUGUUACUGGCCGAAAAUGCGUCAGGCCAUUGAACAGUGGUGCAAACAAUGCGAGCGGUGCACCCUAGCCAAAGGGGUGGUCCCUACUGCCCGCAGUUAUUCAGGUCACCUGUUGGCUGCCAAGCCCCUGGAAGUGCUCGCCAUUGACUUUACAUGUAUGGAGAAAGCCAGUAAUGGCUAUGAAAACGUCCUCAUUGUCACAGAUGUCUUUUCUAAGUUUACCCAGGCGUAUCCAACCAUUAAUCAGCAAGCUGAGACUGUGGCCAAGGUUCUUACGGAAAAAUGGUUCUACUCCUUUGGAGUGCCAAAGAGGAUCCAUUCAGACCAAGUGGGCACCAGGGUGUACCGUAGGAACCACCCAAUCGGCCGCCAUAAAAUCCAAGAUCUUUGGGAUCCACGAAUAUACCGUGUGGUCAAAUGCCGAGAUGAGAAGGGCUUGGUGUACCACCUUACUCCUGAAGAUGGGCUGGGCCCAGACAUGAAUGCCCACCGUUCAGAAUUCAAAGCUCUGCCAGUCCAGGAUGAACCACAUGCUGACAUUCCGGUUGAUAUCCCAGGUGACUCAACUAAGGAAAAGGGGAGACCUGAGACCAUUGAGCCGGAUGAGAAUGAGGUAUGGUUCCAAGUUCUCCCUCACCAGCCAUUCAGAAGGCCCAUCGGUGAAAUGAGACAAGAGGAUUCUGCCAUCCAACAAUUAUCCAGCCCUAGCCCGUCAGAAGAGGACACACAAGGCCAGGAUACACAAGGUGAUCAGGCCGCCCCAAUGACUACAGUCGGUGGCACAAGUCCCUCUCUGGAAGUGGAGUCAGAAUCCGCUGAAGAUGCGAUGGCUGUGAGAGAAGACACACCCAACCGCCCACGACGAGCACGGGCAGGCCAACACUCCAACCCCUUCCGUUUGCCACAAUCAGCAGUCCAACACUUGGAGGGCCAACAAUAUGCCAUUCAGUCCGUUAAUUUUAACUCCAGCUAUUAUUUUAGGCCAUGGCAUUAA